AUGGCUUUAUCAUCCUCAAGAGCACCAGGAGACUUUCCAGGAAAAUCAGAAAUUAAUCCAAUGGAACAUUGCAAUAGAAUCGAGCUUCAAAGCGGGCGAACCUUAGGAGACUCCCAAAUGACUGCUCAAAAAGGGAUGGAAAUUCAAGAAGAGCCCUCUCCUCCAACAUUUGAUCCAAUUCAGUUUCAAGAUGAAGAGGAGAGUACCAAAAAGGUUGAAGGAACUUUUCCAUUCCCACCACAACGUCAAAUAAUCCAUUUUCCGCAGAGACUAGCAAUGACCAAAAAAGAUGAAGAAUUCGGUAGGUUCCUGGACCAAGUCAAAGAUAUCUAUGUUGAAGUCCCCCUAAUUGACUCCAUUCAACAAAUGUCUAAGUUUGCCAAGUUCUUGAAGGACAUUAUGCCCAAUCAAAGAAAGAAGGGAGAGAUCGAGACUAUAGGUUUAACAGAAGAAUGCAGUGCACUAUUUGAAAAGAACACUUUCCCAAAACUCCAAGAUCUUGAAAGUUUUUUCAUUCCUUGCACCAUAGGUUCCAAAUUCAUAGAGAAAGGUUUUUGUGAUUUAGGGGCAAGUGUUAGCCUCAUACCAUAUUUAAUCUGUAAUAAGCUAGGUCUCAAGAACUUUAAACUUACUACCAUGACAUUGCAAUUAGCUGAUCAUUCUUGCAAGUAUCCUAUGAGUAUCAUUGAAGACGUGCUGGUAGAAGUAGGUGGCUGCAUCAUACCCAUAGAUUUUGUUGUGUUAGACUUGGAGGAAGACACAAAAAUUCCAAUUAUACUGGGAAGACCUUUCCUUGUAAUAGCCGGAGUCAUCAUUGAUGUGAAAAACUAUAAGCUAUCUUUAGUUAUCGGUAAGGAAAGGUUGGAGUAUGAUUUAUCUAAUUCUCCUAACCAUGUUGCUUCUUUUUUAGUAAGCAUGAGCAGUGGGGCAGAUGCUUACAAAACAAAGGAGUGA